UGCGGGGCUCCCCCCGCUCCCCGCCUGCGCUCCGCUCACCGCGCAUGCGCCGCCACCGACCGCCCCGGCUGCUCCCACUCGGCGGAGGGGGGGAACGGCAGUGCCCUACCAUGGGGGCGCGCUCGGGGCGGCCCCGCCCUCCCCUGCCCGGAAGUGCCGUGGUAGGAGCUGCCGGUGCGGUCACGUGAGGGAGCGGCAUGGCGGCGCGCGGAGUGUGACCGCAGGGAGCCGCACCGGGACCAGAUCGUCCCCUCCCGGCACCAUGGCGACGGAGCAGGAGGUGGACGCCAUCGGCCGGACGCUGGUGGACGCGGCCCAGCCCCUGCCCGCCCGGUUCCGGGCGCUUUUCACCCUGCGCAACUUGGGCGGCCGUGCGGCCGUGGGCUGGAUCAGCCGGGCGUUCGGGGACGGCUCCGCGCUGCUGAAACACGAGCUCGCCUACUGCCUGGGCCAGAUGCAGGACGAGGCGGCCAUUCCCGUGCUCGUCGGGGUGCUGGAGGACGCCAGCCAGGAGCCCAUGGUCAGGCACGAGGCAGGUGAAGCCCUGGGUGCUAUUGGGAAUCCCAAUGUGCUGGAUGUCCUGAAACGCUAUUCAGAGGAUCCUGUGGUUGAGGUGGCAGAGACGUGUCAGCUGGCAGUGAGGAGGCUGGAGUGGCUGCAGGAGAACAAGCAGGAGCCAGGCACCAGCCCCUACCUCUCUGUGGAUCCUGCCCCCCCCGCCGAGGAGACAGACAUCGCCAAACUCCGCAGAACCCUCCUGGAUGAGUCAUGCACGCUGUUCGACCGCUACAGAGCCAUGUUUGCCCUGCGAAACCUGGGGGGCCAGGCUGCUGUGCUGGCGCUGGCGGAUGGCCUGCGCUGCGGCAGCGCCCUGUUCCGACAUGAGAUCGGCUACGUGCUGGGCCAGAUGCAGGAUGAGACCUGUGUCCCGCAGCUGACGGCCGCGCUGCGCAGCCGCACCGAGAACCCCAUGGUGCGGCACGAGUGCGCCGAGGCCCUGGGCUCCAUCGCCCGCCCCUCCUGCCUGGAGACCCUGCGCGCCUUCGCCCAUGACGAGGAGCGGGUGGUGCGGGAGAGCUGCGAGGUGGCUCUGGACAUGUAUGAGUAUGAGAACGGCACCCAGUUCCAGUAUGCUGACGGGCUCUGCAAGCUGCAGGCCUCUGCCUGAGCCCUGGCUGGGGGGGCGCAGGCUGGGGCGCUGCCUCCUGCCCCCCCGGCUGUGCUUUCAUGGCCGCCUCCGUCGGCGUGGAUCUGUGCCUUGCUGUGGUGGAGGAGGAAUUGGAUUUGCUCUCUGGCACAAUUACAGCCACCUUCUCCUUCCAAA